AUCAUCUGUCAAUACACCAUAUGAGGUUCAAUUGGUCAAUACGAAUUCAUGCUUUUUCACUGAACCUUGCUCUUAUUUCAAGAGACAAUUUUAUUUUACAUGCGUGAGUGUCCAGUAAUCCUUGUUAUACGGUUUUACUAUUCGCUACGGUGUGCCGGUUUUGUAGAAAUUAAGAACCAUGCCUAAAGCAUCAGACCAACGCUCACAACUUGUUUUGGAGAACUUCAUCGGGGGAAAGUUUGUCCCCUGCUCCAGACACAUCGACUCAUACGACCCGUCAACCGGAGAGGUGUACUGUAAAGUACCAGACAGCGGCGAGGAUGAGGUGGAGGCAGCGGUGCAGGCUGCGAAGAAGGCCUUCCCCGAUUGGUCAUCUCGUAGCCCCGCGGAGAGGGGGCGGGUCCUCAACAAGCUAGCGGAUCUCCUGGAGGCUCACCUGGAGGAGUUUGCCCAGGCUGAAUCCAAAGACCAAGGGAAGACGGUGGCGUUCGCCCGCACCGUGGACAUCCCCAGGUCUGUGGACAACUUCCGCUUCUUCGCCUCCUCCGUCCUGCACCACACCACCGACUGCAGCCAGAUGGACCACAUGGGCUGCGUCAACUACACCCUCCGCUGUCCUGUGGGCGUGGCUGGAUUGAUCAGUCCCUGGAACCUGCCUCUCUACCUGCUCACAUGGAAGAUAGCCCCAGCUGUUGCUACUGGCAACACUGUGGUGGCCAAGCCCAGUGAGAUGACUUCAGUGACAGCCUGGAUGAUGUGUAAACUCAUGGAGGAAGCCGGCAUCCCUGCAGGUGUGGUCAACAUGGUUUUUGGGACUGGUCCCAGAGCUGGCAGCGCCCUGGUGGGUCACCCUGAUGUGCCCUUGGUGUCCUUCACCGGCUCCACAGCAACAGCUCAGCUAAUCACAGAGCAGAGUGCUCCUUACUGUAAAAAGCUCUCAUUGGAGCUGGGCGGUAAAAACCCCGCCCUGGUGUUUGCUGACGCAGACCUGGACCAAUGUAUCACCACCACUGUCCGCUCCAGUUUCUCCAAUCAGGGAGAGAUCUGUCUGUGCACCAGCAGGAUCUAUGUGGAGCGCAGCAUCUACCCAGAAUUCCUGGACAGAUUUGUGGCGGCAGCCAGGAAGUGGAAGACCGGUGUGCCCUCUGACCCCGACAGCAACAACGGGGCGCUGAUCAGCAAAGAGCACCUGGAGAAGGUGCGUAGCUUCGUGGCUCUCGCCAAAUCCGAGGGCGCCACCGUCCACUGCGGCGAGGGCGUGGACCAGCUCCGGCUCCCCGAGGGCAACGCCGGCGGCUACUUCAUGCCCGCCACCGUGCUCACGGGCGUGGCCGACGCCUCCCGCGUCAUGCAGGAGGAGAUCUUCGGCCCCGUCGUCUGCGUCAGCCCCUUCGACGGGGGCGAGGACGAGGCGGUCGCCCGGGGCAACGGCGUGCGCUACGGCCUGGCGGCCACCGUGUGGUCCCGGGACGUGGGGAAGGUGCACCGCAUGGCCAGGAGGCUGGAGGCGGGCCUGGUGUGGACCAACUGCUGGCUGGUCAGGGACCUGAACCUGCCCUUCGGGGGGAUGAAGAGCUCGGGGGUGGGCAGGGAGGGCGGGAGGGACUCCUACCACUUCUUCACCGAGGUGAAGACCAUCACCGUCAAACACUGAGGUGGAGAGCGGGCGGGGGGGGGGGGGGGGGGAGAGGAGGAUAGGACAGGGGGAGGGGGGAGGAAGGGGAGGAAGGGGAGAGGGAGAAUGCGAAAUCAACUUCGCCUUUCAACUUCUUUCGGCCCCGGAGGGAAAUUAGUUUUGGAGCGAGACAUGGAAAACAGACAUAGAAACGAGAACUGAAAUACAAAACGCCGACACAGGGUGCAACAGAGGGGGGGGGGGGCUCUGAAUGUUGGGGAUUCUGGGAAAACAGCAGCAGCGCCAAAAUGACCUUCCAAGUUGCAAAAAAUGCUUGUCAGUUACAAGAUCAACAGACACGGGAGAAGUGAGGAGAGGAGAGGGAGGGAACCUGGGGGGAGCAGGGACCCUGGGGUGUGUCUCAACAGGCUCUGAGCACCCUUUACUCCGAAACCCCACCCAGUGAAGGAAGCUAAACUGAGGGAGAAGGUCUCCAGUCUAACAGGAUUACUUCAGUCAUGUAGUGUGGAUAUUUAAUAGGGGAAAGCUCACCACUGUGAUGCUCAACCGAAUUCAACUGUUGUAUUCUUUUUCAAAAAUCACUUCAAUAAAUCAUCUUUUCCAUAA